AUGGAUAUCACCAAUAGUUACAGCGAGGGACCCUCACAAAAAAAGAGGAAGCAUGCCCUGAUACGCGCAUCAGUGGCGUGUGUUCAGUGUCGGAAGGCAAAGGCCAAAUGCGUGCAUCUUCCAUCUAAGCGGAGCUGUGUGCGAUGCGACAGGAUGAAAUUAUCGUGUUCUCUCGCAAGUCUACAGAUUGGAGUAUUAGAUUCUGUGGAUCUGGGUAUUGCUGCCUCUCCGGAGCGUGACGAUGAAAUGCUGGUUACGUUGACAAGAAAGGUAGAUGAUCUACACCGUGGAAUGGCCCACUUGUUAGGCCAAAGUAUGAAUGCGGCAACAUUUCCAGCCCAACCACCAAUCAACGCUAUAUCUGCUGCUCCGGCUAUAGUCCCGGACGGAAUGGCAAUGGGGAACAAGAAGCCGCAAGCAAUCGACCUGGACACCACUUUUUUCAAUACGACUCCUUUCAGAGACGUCAGAGAAGUGUCUUCUUUUUACAGCUUGCCAUUCAGCCGAGAAUUGGUUUAUGACAUCCGGCCCGAUUUUGAAAGGGAAAGGCUAUCCUUUCAAUAUGACUUGGUGAAUAUGGGUAUUGUUUCCCUCAAAUUGGCCAAGGAUUUGGUUACAGUUUGCAAUGAGAUGUAUGGUAAAUGGACUUCGUUUCCGCAGGAUGUGAAACCAAAGCAAUUGCUCGAAUCUAUUCGGAAAGAUUCCUCAUUGUUGCUUGCCGUGUGCUGUCUGCUUGGACUGAGGCAUUAUGACGGUGUUGUCAAAAGGAUAGGCUUGGAUAUGCAGAUAUUGGGUGUUAUUUCCCAAAUUCUUUCGCUGAGUCUGCAAAAUCUUCCACAAUCAAAGCAGUUCUUGCAAUCUAUGGUUUUGCUCUCUGCGUACUCGCUUUCAUGUUCUAAGGGCUCUAUAUAUUUUGAUGGUUGGUUCCUCUCUGGAUAUGCUUUGCUUCACUACAUUACCAGAGAAAUGAACCUCAACUUUUUGUCAGAAAAGUUCAAGUCACAUCCUGAAAGAAUGAACCACUUCAGACUUUGGAACCAUUUGGCUCUGAUACAUCUAUCUCAUUGCAUCCUUUCUGGAAGACCGUGCCUUAUAGAUGAGCUUCGUCUGGAUCAAUGCCGUGAAAUCCUAGAUUUAACGCUGGCAAGAAACUUUGAUGCCAGGGUGGUGGCUAAAUUAUCGAUCCUACUAACCCUAUACAAUUGUCUCCAGUUUCAUGAAUCACUGGAAGAUUCAAUGGCAGAACUGGAUUCAACCUGGAACGAUUGGGAAUAUCUCUGCGAACAGCAACCUCUGGGCCAAUUCAUCGAGCUGACUUAUCGUUUUGCGCGACUUAUGCUACUAAGAAGAGAGUUUAUGGUCAAGUUCUCAAAGAGCGAAGAUUUCAUGAUACAUAGAUCGCGGUCACAGGAUAUAGAGUCUCCUUUGGCACACGCUGACCCUGUCUUUGGAGCGGCUACACUGGGUGCUUUGUUGAACGAGAUACUGGAGGAAUCCAUAGCUAUGCUUACCAUUGCUUGUAAUUCCAACUAUGGCGAGUUUUUGAAGUCGGCAGAUAUGGUGAAGUUCAUGACUGUGUACUCUGCCCUGAUCUUGAUCAACACGAUAAGGCAAGGAUUCAACAGCAAUGAUUGGCUUAGUUCUUCCGCUCUUUCCAACGCAAAGACGAGUAUAGAUGACUGUAUCAGGCUUUGUGAAACUGUUCAGAGAGAUUUGAAGGUCGGUGAGGAGUUCAUCAAAGGGCACAUUCUGCUCAUGGUUAAAUUCGGCGAAAGCAUUCACGAGCAAGAGAUCUGA